CAGAAAAAAACACAUAACUGUCUUAAUGAGUAUAAAUAGGCCAAUGCGAAGAAAAAAUAAAACAGAGUGAAGUGUUAACUUAUCGCGACAAAAUGUUCAAAUUUUUGAUUUUUGCCACUUUGGUAGCCUAUGUUGCUGCUUCGGGCUCCUCGGCCGAUGAUGUUCAUGCCGAAGUUAAACAAUUGAAGACAAAUGUCAAUGAGCAUGGUUUCGAUUUCGUACUUGACACCAGCAACUCAAUUCACGAAGAUGCCGCCGGUGAUGAGCAUGGCAACAUUCAUGGUUCCUAUGAAUAUGUCUCACCCGAAGGUGAACACAUCAAGGUAACCUAUGUUGCCGACGAAGGAGGUUAUCAUCCCGAUAGCGCUGUUCUGCCCACAUCACCACCAAUUCCAGAAGCCAUCUUGAAGUCAAUUGAGUACAACAAGGCCCAUCCACAAAAGGAAGAAACCAAGGGACAUUAAUUGGACAUUUUUCAUUAAACGAUUUAAAUAAAAUGAUUGCUUGAAUUCACAAUCGAA